GACGAAACGACGAACGAUGUCGGAGCUUGAGGAAGGAAGCGGCUUGGAGCGCCGACCCAACUAUGACCCAACGUACAUGAAGGAGGGGUAUUUGCAGAAGAAGGGCCAGCUCCUCAAGGGCUGGAAGAAGCGCUGGUUUGUCUGCGACGGGCGGUCGCUGAGCUACUACAUCUCGAGCAAGGACAAGAAGCCGAAUGCUGUCAUUCCGCUCGAGUCGGCGUCCGUCCAAGACGGCGGCCUCAGCGAAACGUGGCACUCGCCGCGCAUUUACCUCACGGACGGCACCAGUGGCACCAUGUACUGCCUCUCGGCCGAAGAGAAGGGCGUCGCCUCCGACUGGCUCAGCGUCCUCACAAAGGCCGUCGCGCGCAUCCAAGAAGUCAAGCACAAGCACCGCCUGGAGCGCAACACGAGCGUCGGCGGCACGACCAUCACGCCGUUCGACGAAGAAGAGGGGCGACAAAAGCCCGUGAGCCAGCAGCACGCACCGCCGUCGCCGGCGCGCAAGCCCAUGACGUCCGAAGCAUCGCGCAGCCGCAUGCAGCCGUCGUCGCAAAUGAGCCAUGGCUCCAAGGUGCCGACGCAGCCGACCAACAUUCGUCUCGAGAACGAACUCUCGAGCGCGUCCGAGCUGCUGUCGUGCCUCCUCUUCAACAAGCCGUCGUCGCAGCACCCGCUUCACUUUCACUUUCACGGUGCCAAGAACGGUGUCCGUGUGUCGACGGCGACGCACGGCGCCACCGGCAAGCAGUACGUCCGGGGUAGCGUCGCGCUAAAAACCUUGCCCUCUGUCGCCCUACGCAUCCUUCUCGACCACCAAAAGCGCAACGAGUGGGAUCUUCACUUCCCAGUGUCGACGCACGUCGCGACCUACGGCGGGUCCACCGACCUCAUCCACCUCUCGGGCGGCGCGCCGUACAACCUCUUUGCGGAUCCGCUCGUGGCGACCGCCAACACGGCCCUGCCCGCCCUCGGCUGCGCGGCCCUCUCGACGCUACUGGCAGGCGACGUAGUGCACUCGGCCUGCGCCGCGGUCCUUGGUGGCCUUGCGUCAAGCAUUGAUUGGCGGUCGCUUGCCGUGCCGCGCGACCUGCUCCUGCUGCGUCACGUGUACGAGGCGUCAACGCCCCAUGCCAAGCGCAACGACCGGCUCUCUUGCCACAACGUGCUCGAUGCAGUGGGCAUGUCGAGCGUGCCGUCGGCGAUGGUGAUCCUCGAGAUGUCGGUCACCAAUGAGCUCAAGCCGGUCCCGACCGGCGUCGUGCGUGGCCACGUUGGCACCUCGGGCUGGCUCGUCGAGCCCCUCGACGGCGAGUCGACAUUGUUGACGUACGUGACGGACUUGAACCUCGGCGGGUGGGUGCCCGCGGCCACGACGAACAAUGUGCUCCACGAUCGCAUGACGAUUCUCUCGGCGAUCGCCGAGUUUGUGCACCAAGCCAAGAUCCACGGUCCGAAUCUGGGCUACAUCGACGAUGACGACGACGACGAUGACACGCGCGACGCGAUGACGGCGCCGGCCCAUGAGACGCACGUGGCCGACGCAGGCUCGUCGGUCUUUCACCCGCGCGACUACUUUAAGCUCAUGCUGCAGAUCCCGACGGGUGGCGUCAAGUUGACGGAUAAGGAGGUCGCCAAGAAGCAAAACGGUGUGCUCAUGGAAGUCAUCAAGUCGAUGGGCACCAAGCUCCUCGAAGGCAAGUCGGCCGUGAGUCUGUCCUUGCCAGUGCGCAUCUUUGAGCCGCGCUCGAUGCUGGAGCGCCUCGUGGACCUGUACUUGUACGCACCCAACUACCUCAACCGCGCCGCAGACGCGACCGAGAUGCUCGAGCGCUUCAAGCUCACAAUGACCUUUGCGAUCGCUGGCUGGCACCACGGCGUCGGCUGUAUGAAGCCGUUCAACCCGAUUCUCGGCGAGACGUUUGAGGCCGAGCUUGCCGACGGCGCGCAGGUCUAUGGCGAGCACACGAGCCACCACCCCCGAUUAGCUUUCUCCAGGUCGUGGGCCAAAAGUACUCGAUUUCCGCCCAGUCGAUCAUGAACGGCUCGAUGCAAGGCAACUGCCUCGUCCAAGUGCAGCAAGGGCCCGUGCGCAUUUCGUUCAACGACGGCACGCUCAUCGAGUGCUCGCUGCCUGGCGUGCGAAUGGGCGGGUUUCUCUGGGGCGACCGCGUCGUGGACUUUGUCGGCACGAUCGUCUUUGAAGACAAGGUGAACGGCCUCCGCUGCGACUUGAAACUCGACCCGGACUCGAAGAAGGGCAUGUUUGCGUCCAAUAAGCUCCCGACGGACCGCUUCCGGGGCACGAUCACGCGCUUCGGCGACGAGAUUUGCGACGUGAGCGGGUCGUGGCUCGAAGACCUCCGUUUUGACGACGCGGUGUACUGGUCACUGCACAAGGACGCGUGCGCGCCGGUCGUGUGGCUCCCGGACGACAAGGUGCUGCCGUCCGACAGCCGGAACCGCCAGGACCUCCGGUUCCUUGCGCAAGGCGACCUCGAAGAGGCGCAGGAGUGGAAGUUGCAGCUCGAGGUGCUCCAGCGCAGCGACCGCUCCAAGCGCAAGGACGGGCGCCGCCCCAACCACUGGACGAUGGGCACGUCGCAUUAGAUAAGACUCGAUAACGUGUUGGGUUCGCAUACACACA